UGCUGCUGCCGGCGUCUGAGCGAAGCCUCUGGUGGCCGUCAUCCUAAUGAGCGGACGACAAAGAACUCUCUUCCAGACAUGGGGCUCAAGCGUUUCCCGAACGGUUGGGGCUCCGAGUUGCAGCUCCAGACCAGAGCGGCCUCCGAGCCAGGGGGGCUCUAAGACCGGUUUGCCUGCAGCAGCGGAGGCUCAGCAGGAGUCCGACGAUGAUGUGUUGUUGGUCGCAGUGUACGAGGCCGAGCGACAGCUGAGUCUAGAGAAUGGCGGGUUCUGCACUUCAGCGGGCGCCCUGUGGAUUUACCCUACCAACUGCCCAGUGCGAGACUACCAACUGCACAUCUCCCGGACCGCUCUGUUCUGCAACACGCUGGUGUGUCUGCCUACAGGGCUGGGAAAGACGUUUAUUGCCGCUGUGGUCAUGUACAAUUUCUACCGCUGGUUUCCUUCCGGCAAGGUGGUCUUCAUGGCGCCCACAAAACCCUUGGUGACACAGCAGAUCGAGGCUUGCUACCGGGUGAUGGGUAUACCGCAAUCCCAUAUGGCCGAAAUGACAGGGUCUACUCAAGCGUUCACCAGGAGGGAAAUAUGGUGCAGUAAGAGAGUCCUUUUUCUUACACCUCAGGUCAUGGUAAAUGACCUUUCUAGAGGAGUUUGUCCUGCUGCUGACAUAAAGUGUGUAGUUAUUGAUGAAGCUCAUAAAGCUCUCGGAAACUAUGCUUAUUGCCAGGUUGUAAGAGAACUAGUCAAAUAUACAAAUCAUUUCAGAAUCUUGGCACUUAGUGCUACACCAGGUAGUGAUAUAAAGGCUGUACAACAGGUUAUUACUAACCUACUAAUUGGGCAGAUAGAACUUCGUUCUGAAGAUUCUCCAGAUAUUUUACCUUAUUCUCAUGAAAGACGAGUUGAAAAGCUUGUUGUUCCCCUUGGUGAAGAACUAGCAGCCAUCCAAAAGACAUAUAUUCAGAUUUUGGAAGCAUUUGCCAGUUCUUUGAUCCAGAGGAAUGUCUUAAUGAGAAAGGAUAUACCCAAUCUGACAAAAUACCAGAUAAUUCUGGCAAGGGAUCAAUUUAGGAAAAACCCAUCUCCAAAUAUUGUGGGCCUACAACAAGGCAUAAUUGAAGGAGAGUUUGCGAUAUGUAUUAGUUUAUAUCAUGGUUAUGAGUUAUUGCAGCAAAUGGGAACAAGAUCAUUAUAUUUCUUCCUUUGUGGAAUUAUGGAUGGAACCAAAGGAAUGACACGGGCAAAAACUGAACUUAGCCGAAAUGAAGACUUUAUGAAACUCUAUAGUCAUCUAGAGCGUAUGUUUGCUCAUGCACGUACUACUUCAGCAAGUGAUAUUUCUGGUAUUCAAAAAGGUGACAAAAACAAAAUUUUUUUCUAUAGUCAUCCAAAGUUAAAAAAAUUGGAAGAAAUUGUAGUUGAACACUUCAAGUCAUGGAAUGCUAAAAACACCUCUGAAAAGAAGUGUGAUGAGACCAGAGUGAUGAUCUUCUCUUCAUUUCGAGAUAGCGUUCAAGAAAUUGCAGAAAUGCUUUUACAGCAUCAGCCUAUUAUUAGAGUAAUGACUUUUGUUGGCCAUGCUGCUGGGAAAAGCAUGAAGGGUUUUACCCAAAAGGAGCAAUUGGAGGUAGUGAAACAAUUUCGUGAUGGUGGUUAUAACACAUUGGUUUCUACCUGUGUUGGUGAAGAAGGUUUGGAUAUAGGGGAAGUUGAUCUUAUCAUAUGUUUUGAUGCCCAGAAGAGCCCAAUUCGUCUUGUACAGCGAAUGGGUAGAACUGGCCGCAAACGUCAAGGCAGGAUUGUUGUGAUCCUUGCUGAAGGACGAGAAGAGCGUACAUAUAAUCAGAGUCAGUCCAACAAAAGAAAUAUUUAUAAAGCUAUUUCAGGUAACAGGCAGGUCCUUCAUUUUUACCAAGGAAGUCCACGAAUGGUUCCUGAUGGAGUCAAUCCAGAAUUACACAAAAUGUUCAUCACACAUGGUGUUUAUGAACCAGAGAAGUCUUCUCGGAACCUGCAUCGGAAAUCUUCAAUCGUUUCCAGUAGAGAUGGAAUAAGGCAAAGUAACUUGAAGAAAAAUUGGUUACUAUCAGAAGAAGAAUUUAAAUUAUGGAACAGACUUUAUAGAUUAAGAGAUAAUGAUGAGAUUAAGGAGAUAACAUUACCUCAAGUUCAGUUUCUAUCUUUACAAAAUGAUGAAAACAGACCAGCUGAAGAACCAACCACUGGAAUUUAUCAACUCUCUCUCUCUGAAUGGAGAGUGUGGCAAGAUCGUCCUUUUCCUACACAUCAAGUUGACCAUUCAGAUAGAUGCCACCAUUUUAUAAGCAUCAUGCAAAUGAUAGAAGGAAUGAGACAUGAAGAGGGAGAAUGCAAGUAUGAAUUGGAAAUCAAAUCUUAUUUACAAAUGGAAGAUGUUAGUUCAACAUUUAGAGCUCCCAGAAACGAAUAUAAUAAUCUUGUAAACAGUAUUUUUACUACUCACAGGAACUCUUCAUUCACAAAGAAUAUAAAUCAAGGCAGUUCAUUUUCAAUGAUAGAAUCUGAUGAAGAAUGUGCUGAAAUUUUAAAGCAAUCUCAUGUCAAACCUAUUAAAAGUAUUUCAUUGAAGAAAAAUGUAUCUAAAGGAAUGAAAAAAGAACAGCCUAAAAAGAAAAUUAUUGAUGGCAUUAUGGAUUUUUUAGAAACUGACAGAAGUUCUACUGUCGAAAAUAUUUUUCAAGUAGACCUACUAAAUGAUAAAAAGAUGUCAGAUAUCGAUGAAGUUGGUAACACAUGUACUAUUAAUGAAGAUGUUAUUAAUCAGCCAUGUGUACUAUUAACAGAGUGUCAGUUUACAAAUAAAUCCAGUUUAUUUGCUGGAAGUUUUUUAGAUUCUGGUUAUAACAGUUUUAGUGAUGAGAAAUCUGUUUCACUUAAUUUAUUUCUUCCAUUUGAAGAAGAACUUAAUUUAGCUAGAACAGAUAAUCAAUUUUAUAAUUGUCACUCACUAACAAAAGAGGUACUAGCUAAUGUGGAAAGAUUUUUGUCUUAUUCCCCUCCUCCUCUCAGUGAACUCUCAGAUUUAGAAUAUGAAAUUGCUAAGGACUCUGCACUUGAUAAUUUGCUUUUACCACCUGAUACAGAGCAUUCACGAAGUAAGAAACCUUGUUUGAUGUCACAUUCAGUGAGUUCUCAAGAAAAUUUUGAAUUGAAUUCACUUAAGUAUAUUAUUCAUUCUUCUGAAAAAACAAAUAAGAUUUCUGAUGAGCCAUGCUUCUGUGACAAUGAUGAUAAAGUAAAUGAAGAUAUUCAAAAUGAAAAUUUGGCACCUAAUAAUCAUAUUCAAAUGUCCAUCGGCCCUGCAGAAAAUUUAGUUGAAGAGAAUAAUCAUGAUGUUGAUAACAAUGGUCUCCCAGUACUGUUCACAGAUCAGGAUGAAAGUUUACCAUUAUUUGAAGAUGUUAAUACAGAGUUUAAUGAUGUGAGCCUUUCUCCUUUGAAUAGUAAAUCCAAAUCUUUCUGUGUGUCAGACAAAACUGCUAUAAGUGAAAUGUCUCUAGUCUCUCAGUUCUUAAUUUCCGAUGAACUUUUAUUAGACAAUACUUCUGAACCUGAUGAUCCAAUUAUUGAUGAUACUAAUCAUAGGAAAUCUCAUGAAGAUUUAAGAGGUAUACGUGAGGAAAAGCUGAACAGUGAUGAACAUGUUUUUGAUUGCUCUAGGGAUUUAUUUUCUGUUACCUUUGAUUUAGGAUUUUGUAGCUCAGAUUCCAAUGAUGAAAUAUCAGAACAUAUAUCAGAUACAAGAAAAAACAAACUUCUGGGUGAUCUGUCUGGAAGGUAUUUACCUAGUAAGGAGAAAACUGAUACAAAUUAUGUUUCAAAUCAAGCAGUAACACUAAGAGGUAAUGUUGCAGACUUUAGGAAUGGAACCACUACCAUCCCAUCAAGUAAAGAUAUGCAGAGUCCAAAUUUUGCAUGUUUUCCACUGAAUACAGCAAAAACUAAAGAAUGUAUGUCUCCUGGUUAUUCUCAGUUUUUGUUGCCAGUAGGAGAAAAAGUUAAAAGUACACCACUUUCUGAAUCAAAUACAUUGGAUUCAUUUUCUAAGACGAAAAAGGAAGUGCCUAAGAUGCCAGAUUCUAAUGGUGAAAAAGUCAAUCUACAAAGUUUAAGAAAAACAUUAAAUUCAACUUUUAAUAAUUCUGGACUUUCUCUGGAAAAGGCUAAAAGCAGUCAUCAAAUUUUUCUGAGUCAAUCCUGUCAUCAUUCUGCUAAAGACGAACAAUUACCGACAAGUAAUGAAAGUGAAGAUGAUGAGAUUUUCCGAAGAAAAAGUAAAAAACCAAGAGGAAAUGUUUUAAAGUCACCUGAGGAUCAGAAAAGUGAAGUUGAUUCUCCACUUCAUGCUGUCAAAAAACGCAGGGUUCCUAUAAACAGAUUAGAAUUAUCAUCUAGUGAUGAGAGUGAGAAUUUUCACAAACCUUAUCCACAACUAGAAGAUUUCAAAAGUUCUAACAGAAAUGCCAGCAGAAGCAUCAAAAUCCAAAAGAGAAAGAGUCAUCUAAAGCGUGUAGCUAGGAAGUUUUUAGAUGAUGAAGCAGAACUUUCUGAAGAAGAUAGAGAAUGUGUUUCAUCAGAUGAAAUCGAUGAGUCUGAAAAUGAACAAGAUUCCUCAUUACUCGACUUCUUAAAUGAUGAGACUCAACUUUCACAGGCUAUAAAUGAUUCUGAAAUGAGAGCUAUUUACAUGAAAUCUGUGCAUAGUCCAUUGAUGAGCAAUAAGUACAAAAUGGUCCAUAAGAAACAUAACAAUAUAAAUAUUUUCUCCCAGAUUCCUGAACAAGAUGAAACCUAUUUAGAGGACAGUUUUUGUGUUGAUGAAGAAGAGUCCUGCAAAAGUCAGUCAAGUGAAGACGAAGAAGUUUGUGUUGAUUUUAACUUAAUAACUGAAGAUUGCCUUGCAAAUGGUAACAAAAAAUAUAAAACCCGGCGUGCAGUAAUGCUUAAACAAAUGAGGAUAAAAGAAAAGAGCGUGCAUUCAAAAAAGAAAUUGUCCAGAAUUAUUUUACCAGAUGAUUCAAGUGAUGAGGAAAACAAUGUAAAUGAUAAAAGAGGAUCCAGUAUUGUGAUUAAUCCAAACACUGUUAACAAGAACAAACAACAUUGUUUGAAUUUAGUGCCUUCUGGGUCUUCAUCACAGUCUGAGGUUCAUCCUAAUCCAGUAGGUAAUCAAUCUCCAAAGCAGAAACAACAGACACCAAUUAAUUCAAAGGAUACAGUUGCUGAAGUCUUGGAUUUCAAACCUCAAAGCUGUAAUAAAAUCAAAGCUACCUCGCCAUCUUUCACUACUGUUGAUUCACAGAAAGACUGGAGAAAAUUUCCACUUGAGUUGAAGGUUGGUAGUGCUCUGGAGGAUUCAAGCACUUCAGGGGUAUACUGUUACAAUUCAAGACCUCAUACUGCCAGAAAGAACACUUUUCUUGGACUUCCACAGGAAGGAAAAAGCACCUGUAUUCUUGUAGAUAGUCAUGAAAUCACUUCUGGUUUAGAAGUAAUUUCUUCCCUAAGAGCAAAUCAUGGGUUACAAAUAGAGGUUUGCCCUCUUAAUGGCUGUGAUUACAUUGUGAGUAACCGCAUGGUUGUGGAAAGGAGGUCUCAGUCUGAGAUGUUAAACAGUACCAAUAAGAAAAAGCUCAUUGAGCAGAUCCAGCACCUGCAGAGCAUGUUUGAAAGAAUAUGCGUGAUUGUGGAAAAGGACAGAGAAAAAACAGGAGACAUAUCAAGGAUAUUUAGGAGGACAAAAAGCUAUGACAGCCUUCUUACUACCUUAGUUGGUGCUGGAAUCCGAAUUCUCUUCAGUUCCUGCCAAGAAGAAACUGCUGAUUUGCUAAAGGAACUGGCUUUAGUGGAACAAAGAAAAAAUGUUGGUAUUUGUGUUCCAAUGGUGGAGAAUCAUAACAAACAUGAGGCACUUCAGUUUUAUUUAAGUAUUCCCAAUAUAAGUUACAUAACUGCAUUAAAUAUGUGUCACCAGUUUUCAUCUGUGAAGAAGAUGGUAAACAGUUCACCUCAAGAAAUUUCUACGCAUGCACAAGUAACUUAUCAAAAGGCUGAGGAGAUCUACAGAUAUACUCACUAUAUGUUUGACAUGCAAAUGUUACCAAAUGAUCUUAACCAAGAUAGAAGGAAAUCCGAUACAUGAUCAGACUGCUCAA